CGGCGCAAAGCACUUCUGUUCAGUUCGAGCAUCAAGGAAGGGUUGCUCACAACAAUGUCAAAAUGAUUGUUGGUACUGGGGGCAGCAGAAUAGUUCGAAGAAACACUACUAAUGGGCGAAGAAGAACAUUGCUCGAGGUAUCAAAGUCAGGAAGUGAGCCAGGUGAUAGAGAGGAACGAGGCAGAUCCAGUUCAGACUGUGCUAGCGGUCCUUCUAGAUCUUCUUCAGUUAGGCCGAGGCGAGAUGUUCAAAUGAAACGAUUUGGGUACAGUAUAUCUUCGAAAGAGGAGACAACCGGUGAAAUAUUGAAUGAAGAUGAAUUGAAUGUGAGAGAGAAAAAACUAGACUUCAAAACAACCUGGACAAAUAUUGUGUCGCAAGAGAGCAUCAAAACGAUCGCAGCUACUCAAAGACAAACAUUACGGAAAUUCGAAGAGACUAAUGAGAUGCUGCAUCAGUUUAAUAAUUUAUCUGAAUCAACCUUCACUGAUUUACAGAGAAGCUACAAAAGUCACAUAACAUUGCUCUGCUCUUUGAAAGAAGACCUAAGCCAAAUUUUUCAAAGAGUUAGGACAUUAAAAGAAAAGUUAAAUACAAGAUACCCUGAAGCCUUUGAAGCAACUCGAGAAGCAAUCGAAAAUCUUAAGGAGAGACAAAAGAUGGCAAUGGAAGUAGAUCCAUUUCAGUGUAAAGACUUCACUGGCAAUGUGAAUAAAGAUUUAAGCAAAGAAUCAUUGAAUGUUAAAAAUGACACUGACUUGCCAGAAUAUUCACAAGUUGUUGUCAUGGAAUCAACUGCCAAAUCAGACAAAAAACCAAGUGUUGAUGAUCUAAUUGAAAAUAACACACAGAGAACGGAAAGUGUACUUGAUACAUCCUUUAGAGAGGUGGGUGAAAUUGAAAAUAGAGACAAUGACAACAUCUGUAAUGAAACAAAUUCUGAUUCUGAUUUGUGUCUUGAGCCCCACGACAAUGAAUUGGUUAGUACCAAUGAUGAUGCUUACAAAAGUCUUGAUCUGAACAUCUUAACACUUCAAGAAUUAGAUCCAAACCUCUCUAUGAACAGAGCUGAUGGUAGUGAUAAUACUUCACAUAAUGAACAAAUUAGUGAUAUUGGUAAACUUAGUGAUGAUCAUUGUCAUAUAAAUGAAAGAAGUUUAGAAAAUGACACCAUGACUGAAACAGACUUAAAAUGUGAAGGUUUUGUAAACUCUGGGACUCAGGAUAAUUUAGAUGCAAAUGAUGAUAUGGAUUUGAGUAAUACAGGGAAAAGUUUGACAGGAGCUGAAGCUCAAGGAACUGGAAAGUUAGGUGAUUUGAUGUCUGCCUGUUAUAAAGACCCAAUCAAUAGUUUAGCUGAAGAAAGAAGAAGAGACUAUGAAGAAUCUGAAGACUAAUUUCUAGCAGGUUGAAAAGAAGAAAUGAAAGAAGUGUGUCAAAAUAAAGGAUGGAUUUUUGUUUUAGAAGCAAAAGUUUGCAAAUUGUACAAAAUAAUAUCAUUCACAUAAUUAUAUUAAACAUGUAAUUCAAUUUGGUAACUUAAUGACCUUCUUAUAUUUUAUUUGAAAUUGUUGGGUUUGACUAGAAUUUGAAACUGAAAUUUGAGUGUUGUUCAAAUACCACAUAGUUAGUUUUCGCUGCUUGAAUUCAAACCUUCAGAGGAAUUUCAAAGAAUAGUACCCAAUGUUAAAAGUGUGUGUAUAAAUGUUACAAAAUUAAAUACAGCUUUAUAAAAAUAUUUUAGCAGGCAUCAGAAGAUUAUUGUUAUUCUGACUGCAAGUAAAAUUAUUUGGCUAAACGACAUUCUAGAGCAUCAAUAAGUCCAUACUCUCAGAAAGGGGACAGCUAAGUU